AUGUCCACCAAGAAUAACAUCGUGAUUGUGGGAGCUGGGGUCUCUGGACUCACAACAGCCUAUCUACUAUCCAAGGAUGCCUCCAAUUCGAUCACAAUCGUCUCAAAGCACAUGCCCGGAGACUAUGAUAUCGAAUACUGUUCUCCGUGGGCUGGAGCCAACUAUCUCCCAACGGGUAAAGCAGGAACUAACCAUGCCAAAUGGGAACGUGAAACAUGGCCAGUCUUGAAGGAGCUGGUAGAGACCCAGCCAGAUGCUGGGAUCCAUUUCCAAGAUACGGUCGUAUAUAAUCGUCAAAAGGACCGAAUGUCUCAAACAGGAGCAUGGUUCGCUGGUCUAACUGAAAAGGAUCCUGGGUAUAAAGAUGUCGUUCCCAAUUUCCAAAAAGUACCCGAUGACCAACUCUCCCCUGGAGUCGACAAUGCAUCAACUUUCACCUCCGUAUGCAUUAACACAGCGGUUUAUCUACCGUGGCUUGUGGGCCAAUGCCGGAAGAACGGUGUGGUCUUGAAGCGUGCAGUCUUCAAGCACAUAGCUGAGGCAGCGAAUGCACAUCACUCUGGAAAGAAAGCCGAUCUGGUGGUCAACUGCACCGGUCUCUCAUCGAAGAAGUUGGGCGGAGUGAACGAUGACAAGCUCCACCCAUACCGGGGUCAAGUCGUAGUAGUGCGGAAUGACCCUGGUGCUAUGGUUUCGAUCUCUGGAACAGAUGAUGCCGAGGACGAGUUAGUGUAUAUGAUGACCCGCGCUGCCGGUGGCGGGACAGUUAUCGGCGGGUCGUACCAGAAGGAUCAGUGGGAUCCAUUGCCGGAUCCGAAUCUGGCGGUGCGCAUUAUGAAACGUGCAAUUGCCCUCCGUCCCCAGCUAGUGAGCAAAGGACGAGGAAUUGAGGGGUUGGAUAUUAUCAGACAUGGGGUUGGAUUACGUCCCGUCCGCGACGGCGGACCCCGCAUAGAGAUCGAUAAGAUCGAUGGAGUUUCAGUCGUGCAUAAUUACGGUCACGGAGGCUUUGGAUACCAAGCUUCGUAUGGAUGCGCUAUGGAAGCGGUUAAAUUGGUGGCAGAGGCCCUUCAGCGACGGGAUAGCGCCAAGUUGUAG